CUCCUCUGUCCGUGAAAGAAGUAACACAGGAUGGAAGACGAUAGUCUGAACAAUGCAUCAUCCCAUUUCGGAGAGUUGUUCGAAGGUCAGACGGCGGUUUUCGAAACAACGUUUUCUGAAGCGGAUGUCCUCGUGCUAGAAAACGGUCUGGAACUAGCCACCGCUGGAAUAAAUAAUAUAUCUUCACCUAGCGUGGCCCAACCUUCGUCCCCUUACAGAACAAUGCAGAUCCAAUUAGGACAAAAGCAGCAGUUUCGAAAAGUGGAUCUUCAAACCCAAAUCUCAAAUUCAAAAAUCAACUCUAUUUCGUUACCAGUUGGUGGAACCGUGGAUAAUAGUGUCGUACGACGGUCUCCCAGCGUUCAGGACGAUGAAGAUUCCUUGAUGAAUGAAACUGGAGAAGAAAGAGUCCUGCAUUUUACUAAGGAUGAUAUAAAGGAGAAAAUUAGUUUGACCAAAGACUUGAAUUUAGUGAUUCGCCAUAAAAUAAACAAACAUUUGAAACAACGAGGCUAUCUUGAGACGCUUAUUCCAAAAAUUGUAACUAAAGAAGUUUUGAGCCAAAUGGUUGACCCAUCCAUCUCAAAAACAAAUGCUGUCCUAUUUGGACCCACGUAUCGAGCCGAAGAAAUCCACGAUGAGAUUGAAAGAUUUUAUAAGUUUUUCACGUCUCUAAAAGAACGGAAUCCUGUAAUGAGCGGAGAAUUGCGACCAAUGUUAAUGCCAAUCCUUGUGUUCUUUGUGCGAGAGUCGUACAUAAACGGGUUUAAAACUGUAUGCAAUAAGUUAAUAGGAGACUUUAGCCGAAAAUUUUUGGAAGAAGAUAAAACCCACGAAAACUGUUUAAUUGCUAUUGCAAUUAGCAUAAUUAAAAGUACGCAAGGAUUUGAGGACAAGUACUUGAAAGAAGUUUGUCAAAAGAGACAUAAAUUUACACUUAGCGAGUGUACUUUUGUAACACUAAAAAAGUUUUUAUCCAAACUUAAAAAAAGUUUGUUGGUCAACAUUUUGAGCAAUCAUUUUUUAAUCGAGUUGAAAACUUCGAAAGAAAUUGUAGAAUCUGUUCAUGUUAAUGACGGAGACAAUGAAAAAAUUGAGCCCUCCAAACCCAGCAGUAGAAUCAAGCAAGUUUUACAUCGAUUAAGGGGGAGUGUCACAGCAAAUCUUCCAUCAAUUAAAGUCUACACCACAAAUGGAUUACCGUCGUCUGCGGCUGUAUCACAAGAGGGAUCUACAUUUGCAUUUGGAAUGUCAACCUCUGGAAUUCGAAUUUGUGACGAAUCCUCUGCGAAAAUGGCUCCAUUUUCAUCCAAUGAUGAAAAUGAAGAUGCUGAUGAUGAAGAUAAUGAUGAUUACUCUGUGUAUGAACCUUCCAUUAAAACAAUAAAUGGGCACGAGGGGGGAAUUUAUGGCGUAUCUUUCCACCCAAGAACAAAACUAUUAUACUCGGCAGGUCAGGAUAGCGUUAUGAGAGCAUGGGACUUAACCCAUGAUACAAAUAUUAAUUGCAAAGCUCUAUACAGAGGUCAUUUUGGUCCAAUUUGGUCCGUGGACAUUUCUCCAUCAGGACAACUAGUUGGAACAGCCAGUACAGACUCUACUGCCAGGCUUUGGGUUCCAGAAAGAGUAGAAUGUGUUCGAAUUUUAGCAGGACAUUAUUUUGACGUUGAAAGUAUAAAAUUUCAUCCAAACGAAUCUUAUGUGGCUACUGGGUCCCUUGAUAAAUCUGCUAGGCUAUGGUCAGUUUCUGAUGGAGAAAUGGUGCGAAUCAUGACUGGAUCAGAAGGAAAAGUCAGUGCCUUAGCUUUUCAUAAAAGUGGAAACUACUUGGUUGGAGGAGGAUUUGAUGAUAUAAUUCGAGUCUGGGAUAUUCGAGAAGGGGAAUUAAUUGCAGAACUACUAAGCCCAAAAAAUUGCACAGACUUAUCAAUUUCUGGUAAUAUGCUUGCAGGCUCCUUUCAAGAUGGAGCCAUUCAAGUGUGGAAUCUCAGAAACAUUGUGGGCGGAUGUGACAAUAAUUUACAAGAAGACUUUGUUUAUUCUGUCCCGAAUCCGUACACUAUCCAUUGUCCUGUCAGUUCCCUUGUGGGCUUAUUUUACAAAGACGCUGGGAGUUUGUAUGGCUUGGGAUCUCACCCCAUAGAACCUUUAGAUCCAACUGUCAUCGAUGAAUUAUCGAAUUCUGAAGCACCUACUACCACAAUGUCAUUAAAUUCAACAGUGCCUAACCCAACCAGUGAUAAUAAUUAUAACUCAUCUCCAAUGUUCCUUAAAGUUAACCCAAUUGCAGGAAGUGACACUAUCUUAGAAAUUAGUUCUGGUUCCGAGAGCCCAAGUGAAAUGGGGGUUCCUACUACUCGAUUAAUAUCUCUUAAUCAUAUCAUCAGAGCGCCACCAAUGUCUUCAGACGAUUUUCAAAACUGCUUGGAUGAUGAAGAUAUAGAAAAUACGAAUAAUACAAUAACCAGUUCUGAUAUGGAAUUUGAAGUAGACGAACAAAUACUAGAAUCAUUUGUAGAUAAUUCCUUGUCGUAACACUAAUUAUUCGUCUAAAAAUACAAUGAACUGCUUCUAUAGUGAUUACAAUUAUGUUCCGUUUUGCAAUAAUAAUAAAAUUGUGAUUAUAUGUUGAA